AUGCAUCAUGGCAACUUUGUGCAUCAACCGUGCAUCGUCGAUAUCGAAACUGGGUACAAGGAAUGUUCAGACCAAAGCGAUGCCAAGCUGGUGGAUGCUCUUUGGUAUGGAACCAUUCAGGUGGCAACCUCAGGCUUCGCAGAUCACGAUGAACCCCGAUUUCAAGCUGCAGCAGAAAUGUUCCGACAGAGAGAUUUGAUGUGGUUCCAGAUAAGGGUUGCUGCGUUGUUUUGUCACAUCGCAAUGGCGGAACCAGAUUAUUACCAGCUCAUUGGUGUGGACCGGAAUGCGACCUUGCAUGAAAUCAGGUCCAAAUUCCGAGCCAAAGUCUUGGCAGAGCAUCCGGACAAGGGCGGAGACCCCAAGAAGUUCCAAAUGCUCAACAAAGCCUACAACGUCUUGACAGAUACCGAGAAAAGACGUCGAUAUGACACCACUGGGCGAGCAGAGAAGUCCGCUGAGGAGGAGUUUGUGGAGGGCUUUGCGGGUGGCAGACACCACUUUGAGCCUAGAACCAAGGAACAGGACGAAAAGGCCAUCGUGAGUUUGCAGGAUCGCAUCAUCCAGGGCACCCAAACCCACGAGGAAGGCUUCGCAGAGUGGCUUCGGCAACGUGAUCAACAAGCCAUGGUCUUAACGGACAAGGACUUCAUGAAGACCCAUUUGUUCAACGCCUCCGAGUUGGCCACGAAGAUCUCGCACCCGGGCCCUGUGCAACACGUCCUGGGCUCGCCCAAGACCGACGCCUACGGACAGGCCCUGGGAGGUGCGGUGCAGGUGCAGGUGAAGCCCAGACCCUUGAAGAAGACCAUCGACCAUGAUGAGGUCUUGGUGCGUAUGUUGGCCGUCCCCGUGGAUGAAUCCAUGGUCUACGCCGACCUGAAAAAGACGGGGGUCUGUCUGGGCGUCACCGGUGUGGGCCGCGUGGAACAGGCGGGGACCCGGGUCGAGGACCUGAAGACCACCGACCCGGUGCUGGUGCUGCCGAAACCCGCCAAGUUCUCGUCGUCCCAUCCCAUUGGCACGGCAAGGACACUUUUGACGUGUGGCGAAGAAGACUUGUUGAGGAUUCCCAACGAGAUCUUGGAUGAGUUGACCCCGGAGCAAAUUUGCUUGACACCGACCAUUGUCUGCGCCUACACAGUGCUGGAGCAGUUCGGUUCCAAAUUGAAACCCGGAGACUCCGUCCUCCUCAAUGCGGCGCAUUUGUCCGCCUCCGGUUCAGCCCUGCUGCAGUUGUGCAAGUUGCUGAAGUUGAAACCUCUGUGUAUGUUGUCUCUUCCAGGUUCCCCGAAGAACUUGGCCAAGGGCGAGUAUGGUUCCAAAUCCGCCUGGGCUGAUGUGGAUUCCCGUGCUGCAGCGCCUCCCACAGUGCGACAGCAGUACGAGCGCAUCAGCGAGCUGCUGGUGACCAUGGGAGCUGAGGAGGUCUUCCCCGACGCCGUGGCGCUUCUGCGGUGGAGGGACCGGAACCAACGGAUGUUGCCCAAGUUGGCCCUGGAUGGGAUCGCCACCAGGGAUUCCUGUGAACAACUGAUUCACUGCUUGCAGUCAGGAGACAAGGAUGCUCAGAUUGUGGUCUAUGGCCAUGGCGUUGCUCAGCCACUGGAGAUCUCUCCCCCACUCCUGGCAGCCUGGGGUGGACGAAUCGCUGGCUUCAACAUCGCCCGUUGGGUCCAUUCCUUGUCCGGCAACGCCAAGAAGAUGAUGGCAGUGAUGGAGAAUGUGACCAAGCUGGUUCGUGCCAACAAGUUCGUGCUUGACACGGUGAUGUACAAAGUGGGAGAGGAUGCCAUCAGCGAUGCUUUCUCCCGAGCAGCUGAUGCGGCGGACAACACACAGGUGGUGCUUAUCUUCCCAACCCUUCAGGAGGAGCUGAGUCUGUCUCAUCAGGAACAGAAGGCUGAGAUGGAGAAGCAAGCCAGAGUUAAGGAAGAAGAAGCAGCAAAGAAGAGAGAGGAAGACGAGCGAGACAAGCUGAAGAAUUUGCUCUUCACAGACCAGUCCGUUGCCGCCAUGAGCCCCGAGGGCCCCUUGUCGACUGCUUACGAGGGUGGCAAUACCUCCAACCCCUCAGCCCUGUUGGUUUGGGUGGGAGACGAUCCAAAGUCUGACGCUGCAGCCAUGCGGGACAUCUCAGCCCAAGCCCCCAGUGCAGCACUGGUGUCUUUGGCCUGGUCUGAUCAUCCUGCCGGUGAGGCUUUCAACGAGUUCUCCCUGAAAUCGCCCGAAGUGGUGGAUGGAUCCUUCUACCUCCGAGAUCGACAAGGCUUCGAGAACCAGGACCUGGAUAUGUUGCACGACGUGGAGCUCUUGGGCCGUUGCUUAUUGGAAUCCAUCGAGCCCAAACUGGGGGAGUUCGGCCUCGACUGGGACAAGGUGGUGAUCAUGGGCUUCGGAAAGGGUGCAGGCAUUGCGCUCUAUGCAUCCUUGCUGAACAUUUUCCCCAAGCAGGUGUCUGCCAUGGUCCUCUUCAGUCCUAUCGUCCUCUUCCCAUCCUUCCUGGCUCAAAAGAUGGAGGCCCUGCGCAUGCCUGGUGCUGGCAAGAUGAAGGUCUUCACCGUGUGGGGCAAUCGCAACAGGUCGACACCUGGAACCUACCGACAGCUGUUGGCACAAACAUUGAAGAAGGCCAAGGAUGUGCACUGCACGCCCGACACUCUGCCAGAUGCGGACCAUUCCUUUGACAGCAAGAGCCGCUUGGUCUUGGCGAUCUUCAUCCCAGUGGGAAUGUCUUGCUGGAGCCACAAGCUGAAGGCAGGUUGUGCUGCCUGCGCUUCAGGGCAGGAGACGAAGCACUGGAAGUGUGUCACAACAGCUUCGCAGAACUUUCAGGGUGGAGGUGCCUGGCGACUGCGUCAUCUGCUUUCCAGUCACAAACUUCAAACCUUGAGCUUUUCAUCGGAUAGGAAGUUUGAGCAGUUCCUGGUGCGCUGCGAGGAUCUUGAUCUGGCUUCUCGCCUUCUGAUUGACGCCGGCUUUGCCGUGGGGCCCACCGGGCCCACCGAUCGCGCUAGCUCGGUCAGCAAAGGUGAGGGAGCAUGGCGGGUGGAAUCAGGGCCAAAGUUGGAGGAUCUCCAGGCGGUGUGCUCCUCGCCACAUCUCUUUCGAUUGGAGGCAGAGGUGUCGGGUCGCAAGAUCUAUGUCCAGGUUUGCAGUCGCCUGGAAUCGGGAGCACUGGUGGAGGCUAGUAGUGCGGGAGAGCUGCUCAAAGAAGCGGAGAGCAUCACCUUGGCGAAGACGUCGACGUCGAGUGAUUCCUCCGAUUCCUCGGCUCACUGGACGAGACUGGCUGAGCGAUGCACCGUGGUGUUGGAAUUGUGCGACAAUCCGGAGAAGCUGGUUGGCUAUUGGCUGUUCGCAAGUUCAGGUCUUUUUGCCUUGAUCUUGAGCCCCAGGUCAUGUGCCGCCGCGCGUUACGAGGGUCCCGUAGGCCAAGCCGCCCAGCUGGAGCUACACAGCUUGAGCCAUGCCAUCCUGGGCCAGGUGGAACGCCCGGGUCUUCUCAAGGUGCUUCGAAGUGCUUGGUCGGAGGCCGAGUCCCAGCCGGGCGUGUUCUACGAUGCCUCCAGCGAUGCUGGGACAAUUGAGGUGGAUGAGGAGGAGAAGCUCUUGGUGCAGCGGCAUGAGGAUGGAAGCGAGUUGCGUUGGCAUAUCUUGCGAAUGGAUGAGAACCCUUUCGCAGGGGCUGCCUCUGAUCCGUGUGGAGCUUGUGAUGGCUCCGAUGCAGAGGCGAACCAAAACCAGGAUGACAUCCGCAGUUCGCCAGGAAGGUCCAGGUCCCGGCGAAGGACCAUGAAGUCAGAGGAGGAGCCUACAGAGGUGACAAAGGAGUCGGUCAAAGAGAAGAAAAAAGUGAAAAAAGACAAAGUUCCGUUCAAAGCAGAGAAGGAAAAGAAAGAGAAGGGAGAGCGCAAAGACAGAAGGGAAAGGGAAGACCUUGAGCGCGAACGCGAGAGACAAAAGGCCCGGGAACGCGCAAGAGAAGCUGAACGGAAUGACAGGGCACGAGAACGUGAAGGCCGUGAAGCCCGUGAAGGCCGGGAAGGCCGGGAGAAAGAGAGAGAAAGCCGUGAAAAACCAAAGAGACAUUUGGAGAGGAGCCAUGCCUUUGACAAACCAGGCUUGCCAGCUGGACAGCCUCCGGUGCGCACAGCUGCCCCUGCGCAGAUUUCGCAAGCUCUUCCCAGUCAAGCCAAUGCAUCAGCCCUCCUGGCCGCCAUCAACCAGGCGAGUCAGGGCCACGAACACAAUCCAGAAGUGGAGACCUUUUUGUCCAUGAACUCGGUAGAACUACAUGCUGCCACGAAGCUGCGCGGUCUGCCGCGGCACCUACAACGGCAGGUCUUGGACCGAGGAUCUUUGAUGGGAGCCAGAGAUCCGUCAGCUGUGCUGAUCUCGCGCGUACGUGAUGCCAUGAUGUCUUCGGCCAUGACGACCAUGCCAUCCAUGCCGAUUCUGACCAUGACCCUGCCCAAUGGGCAGCAGGUGCAUCCCGCUGUGGAAGCUCUGAUCAUCCGCUUCGGCCUGGAUGCGCAGUGCGCGCAGCAACUGCGCCAGCUUCCCCUGCAACUGCAGGCCGUCGCCGCCGAACUGCCGGUGCAUGAAGCUCGAAACCCUUCGGCCUUUGUCAUGGCUCAGUUGCAGUUGCCCCGCUUCAAGCAAGCCGCCAAAGCAAUGAUGCAGAGGACGUGA